AUGGGGGUCCCGACGAAACCCCGCCUCAACCGCAGGCGGGUGAAUGCUCUUCUCUUUGUGACGGAAAAGAUAGGGCCUGAAGUCCUCCCAUACCUCCUCCAGAACCCAGACCUAAACCUUCGAGUCAUUUCCGAAAGUCCCAAGUCCGAAUUCCAACAGUACAUGGACCCAGAAAUCAACGUCGACGAUGUCCAGUGGUUUGAAAACUCCCCUCAAGAUCCGUAUCGCAAUCAAGCCAUGAUGCAAGGACAUCGACUGGCCCGAUGGGCCGACCUGAUGUUCAUCGUUAUGGAUGCUGGCAUGAUAUCAUUAAUGCUCAGCGGCUUCACAACCGACGUCAUUCUUCAUGUCCUACGCUGCUGGGACGUCUCAAAAAGAAUCGCUCUAUUGCCCGAAUUGAGCGUGGAUCAGUGGAAACACCCAACCUGGAAGAAACAACUCUCCAAACUUCAACGCAAAUGGGAUUGGGUGCAUGUCCUCUCUCCGGCGCUAUGGGACUAUGCUCGAGACCCUCACAGCCAUAUCCGGCCCGGACCAACCCCCCCCAGUGGGGAAGACGCCGACCUCGACAUCGAAUGGCAAUGGGACGGUCCCAACGAGAUCUUCGAGGCCAUCGAGAGUGAAGCCCAAACCAUCCUUCGCUCGGCGCAUCCCAAACUACACUCCUCCAUCCCACAUCUUUCCCCUGUCUGUUCCGCAUCUUCAAAACCCUGUCUCCCGCCUGAAGUCUGGACCAUCAUCCUCGACCAUCUAGGUGAUUGGGAACUCGCAACCGCUUUGGGAAUCUACACCCAUAUCCCCACUCCGCACGAAUGGGAGCCCUUGGUGCCCAAGCCCGGCUCCAACAAAGUCCGCUCCCUCGAGUACACCAUCCUCACUCAGCCCCUCUCCCAGAUCCGGACAUACUUCACCAACAAUACAUCCUCCAAACCACCCACCACUCUUUCUCCAAUCGCCACCCGCCUCAUCUUCCGUUUCAGUAUGACUGACCUCCUGACCUACCUCGCCCUCCAACAAAAAGACAUCUUCUGGACAUCUUUCGGCCUGGCGCUUCUCCCCCAUAAAGCCUCUUUAAUCUACAACUCUCCGGCCAUCCUCCAAUGGUGGCGCGACUGCCCCGCCGUCAUUAAAAAGGAAUAUGGACCCGAGGCCAUGGACGGCGCCUCGCGUGCUGGCUUCGUGGAAGUUCUCGACUGGUGGCUCAACUCCGGCCUCAAAUUGACCUACACCGAGAAAGCCCUCGAAUCCGCCUCGGCCAAAGGCCACGUCGAAGUCUUGGAGUGGUGGCGCGUCAACUCACAGAAACUCGCCGGCACGUCGCGCGAAAUGCCUCUGAAAGUGGGCAAGUCGAUUUUACUAGCUGCCCAAUCAGGCCGCACCAACAGCAUUGAAUGGUGGGAGACGAGCGGGAUCCCCUAUGCCCACGAAGACGGUGUGGCGCGCCUGGCCUCGCAGCACGGCCACGUCCCCGUGCUGGAAAUGUGGCACAGUUUCAAGGGCUCCAAGAUGAUCUUUGACAACCAAGUUCUCGUGGGUGCGACUAAGAACGGUCACGCCGGCGUCUUGCAGUGGUGGAAGGACGUCAGUCGCAAGUCCGGUUUGCGUGUCGAGUACAAGACGUGCGAUAUCGAAGAAGCUAUGGAAGACGCCGUGGGGGGAGGCGGAGAAGGCGAAGUGCGAGAGUGGUGGGGCCGUAACGGAUUGAAUCUGGGUGUGGGCACGGGUGAGUGGAUGAGAGUCAAGACUCUAUGA